UCUAAGCCAAACGUGACAAAGUGCAUCAUCAAAAUCUGUACAGUAGACAUGUAAUCUUGUACCCUUUGGAGGCCUUUUCACCAGAAUAAUGGAUAGUGCCGAGGUAGCUGUGGUGUUAAAUGGUACUCAGUUAUCAUUUGUUGGCCAAGAGGCAGAGAGCAUACCAGGGAUUAUUGGAAGGAAAUAUGGGAAGGUUACUACAAGAUUGGAUUUGAGUUACAACCAGCUAAGAUCUCUCAAUGGCCUGUACAGUUUUGAAAAACUGGAGGAACUAAUCCUUGACAACAACCAGCUUGGAGAUGAUAUGGAUUUUCCUGAAAUGCCCCAUGUACACACACUAACGUUAAACAAAAACAAAAUAGUCAGUCUAGAUGUAAUUUUGGAUAAGCUCUCCAAGAAUCUACCCUCACUGAAAUACCUGAGCAUGCUGAGUAACCAGGCUUGUCCAAAUGAACUGUCCUUUUCACACAGAGACGAGGAAGAUUACCAGCGAUACAGAUAUUAUGUCCUCUACCGCCUGCCAAAGCUAACCUUCCUUGAUUCAAGACCUGUUAAACAGGAUGAGAGAGAUGAGGCUCAACGAGUUGGUGCUCACAUGAAGAUUAUGGCCCCCUCUGACGAAGACCUGAUUAGUAACACUGCUGAUUCGCUGGAAAGCACGGAAUCCUUAAAAUACACCCCGCUACCGAGCAAUUCAAUCACUGCAGGAGAUCAUAAAGGCACAUUUGGACGUUGCCGAUACGUCUACUACGGAAAACAAUCGGAAGGCAACAGAUUUAUAAGAAACAACGAGCUUUAAGAAAUGGUAAAAUUUAUUAUUGAAUUUGUUAAGUUUUUGUAUAUAUGACACCUAGUCAUGAAUUAUGGGACGAAAAAAUUUUCACGAACAAAUUGAGCUUGCGAGAGAUGCGCCGGCGAGCGGGCCCGCCACAAAUUUGUGCGGUUGGCCGCCAGCGUUUCUUCGCCAGAGGGAAAUUACGAGGCCUUGAGCCACGCGAAGCGGUUUACUUCUCCCUGACUCGUCUCAAAUCUUCCCGCGGGCGGAGAUACGCGCAUCCUGUAGCGCUGAACAUGACGGCCUGCUCGAAGCCUAGCGAGAGAUUUACCUCGUGAUCAAUCUCGAAUGCGUUCAAUCUCUUAUUAGGCUUUCGGGCAAAAAAAUACCACUGGAACGAGUACAAAGAAUCUGGCCCCUUUUUAGGGGAAGCAGACCUACUGGUUUCCAAAGCAAAUUUGAACUUCAAUCAUAAUAGCACUUCUUUUUUUAAAAAAAUAUUUUAUUGAACAAAAUUGAUUGGGAAGAAAGCAGUGUCUUAUUAUGUUUGAAGGAAGUUCGCAAGCCAGACGCUGGCGUCUUAUGACUUACCAUUUUUUAUCAGUGAUGUUUGCUUUAUAAUUUGUUUUAGAUAUUGUUUUACGCACUCAAAUGUACUGGUGAUGCAGAGUUUUACCGUUUUGCAGUUAUUAAAAUAUAUUAAGGAAGUUAGUAGAGUUUUAUUGUUAGAGCGCUUUUCCGUUUUGCGUCGUUAAACCAAAACUUAAGUUACCACAUCGGCCAAUCAGAGGAGAGUAAAAUACCUUUAAGAGCCAAUGAGAACUCAAAAUCAAACUAAACAAACUGCUUAAAGCGCGGGAAAACGCGGGCGACCAAGUCGUGAUUGGUUUCAGUUUUGCAUCUGAUUGGUCAUGAGGGUGGUGCGAGUUUUCUGGACCAAUCAGGGUGAAGAAAAGCAAAACCAAAGUAAUCCCAGAUUACUUUCGACAGUCAAUUGAAAAUCGCUCUAUUUAUAUACAGGUGUUUUUGUCCAAAGUAACCUUUUGUGAAACACUUUAGAAUAUAUGUCAAAACGACAUUUUAUUCUGAAAUUCUAACAAUAAACCCGUAUUGUUUUGCUCAACUUUCCUUCGUAAUCGGAAAGGUUUUUUUUCUUGUUAUUAUUUUAAGGGAAAGAAAGAAUUAUUUAAUGUACAAGUCGAACUUCUGUUUUAGUCUGAAAAGUGUAUGAAGAAUGCCUUAACGUCGAAAACUGAAGUUCCCUUUUUUCGAUUGUCAUGACUAUUUUUUUAGAGCGAUUUUAACUUUUUAUCUAUAGUAAGCUUAACUAAAUGCGAUGACGUCGAGAAAGACUUUGGAAAUCCUGAUUAGGAUAGAUACAAAUAAAUACACAAAAAAAAUGUAAUAAAAACUAUUGCGUGGUAAUGA